AUGGAUAAAAAUCAGGUUUUAGGUUUUGUAGAGUCAAACUCUAUGGCAAACCUUGAGAGUUCUUUUGGCAGUAAUGAUAAUAAUAAUAACAAUGAUGAUUUAUGGGAUAUUAGAUUAGAUAUAAAAUCCGGCUGCAAUAUUUUUGAUACUGAUAUCAAGUCGCAGGAAGAAUUUGUGGACAAAUAUCUCAGCCUGAGAGAAUCCCCUGAUCUAUUCAAGCAGUGCACACAGGUUAAAAAAAGUACACAAUACUUGGACAAGAAUGAAGAAAGUUCCAACAAAGUGGUAAAUGUUGAAAAACCCUUCAAAUGUCAUAUUUGUAACAGACCCUUUACAUAUAAACAUCAUUUAACUAGACAUGUUAAAACGCAUGUCAGAGAUAAAGUGUAUCGAUGUAGACAUUGCCCAAAGGUUUUUUCAUUAGGUAUUUAUUUAUCGAGGCACUUAAAAAUGCAUAAGGCGAGAAGAUAUCACAAAUGCACCUAUUGUGACAGGUUGUUCAUGUCUAGACCAGGUUUAAGAUUUCAUCUGAACACACAUUUUGGAACAGAGUCUUACAAAUGUAGUAGUUGCAAUGAAGAGUUCUCUAGGUAUGCUCAAUAUCGCAUACACUUGCAACAAGGUAUAUACAAAUGUAAACACUGCAAAAACUCGUUCAAAUCAAGACACUCUUUCAAUCAACAUUUAGCAAAACAUUUAGAAAUGAGAUUCAAGUGCAAAAUAUGCACAGAAAUUUUCAACAAUCGAUCAAAACUGGCAAGUCAUAUAAUAACAGAACAUUUACGCAAGGUUUUAUUCAAGUGUAAUAUCUGUAAACAAUCUUUCGAAGACAGGCUUGAUUUAAUAUCCCACCAGGAUACACACAGAUUACAAUAUCAAUGUGAGAUUUGUUCUAAGAAAUUUUAUUGCUCGAGUAAAUUAACAGCACAUUUAAGAUACUACCAUAACAAGAAGAGAUAUUAA